CCAGAGAAUUCGGGCUUCAUCAGUACAGAUCGGUUCAGGGACCUGUUGGCGACCCACGGCUCUGAGCUUGACCCCCAUAAACUAGAAGUCCUAUUGGCCCUUGCUGAUGGUAACGCUGAUGGAAAGAUCUGCUACCAAGACUUUGUCAACCUGAUGAGUAACAAGCGCUCCAACAGUUUCCGGAGGGCCAUCCUGCAGGGGAGCAGGCAGCUAAAAGGUUGCAGUCUCAGAGAUGAGGCGGGCUUGGGGCUGUCUCAACGGCUGGUCAGGCACGUCGCCUAUGAGACGCUGCCCCGCGAGGUCGACCGCAAGUGGUACUUUGACAGCUACACCUACUGCCCCCCACCCUGGUUCAUCCUGGCUAUCACCAUUGCUGAGGUGGCCGUGUUCAUGUACUAUGGGUUCCAGCUGGACCGCUUGGUCCUGCAGGUAUCCAGCCCGUCCUUUCUAAAGAGCCCCUUACCUUACCACCCCCAGCUACGAGCCCAGGCCUGGAGGUACCUCAGCUACAUUUUCAUGCACACUGGGAUUGAACACCUGAGCCUGAACAUGGCCAUGCAGCUGCUGGUGGGAGUCCCUCUAGAGAUGGUCCACGGAGCCCUGCGGAUUGGACUGGUCUAUGUGUGUGGUGUGCUGGCAGGGUCGCUGGCGGUAUCUGUCACGGAUAUGACGGCUCCAGUGGUCGGCUCAUCUGGUGGAGUGUACGCUCUGGUCUCAGCACAUUUGGCCAAUGUAGUAAUGAACUGGUCGGGAAUGAAGUGUCAGUUUAAGUUAUUUCGGAUGGCCAUGGCUCUGGUUUGCAUGAGUGUAGAGUUUGGUCGGGCAGUGUGGCUGCGGUUCUAUCCACCAGCCUUUCCUCCAUGCCCCAAUCCUAGCUUUGUAGCUCACCUGGGAGGCGUGGUAGUUGGUCUGACGCUAGGUGUGGUAGUACUGCAGAACUACGAGCAGCGACUCCAGGAGCAGUCCCUAUUUUGGAUCUUCUUCUGCGUCUACACCUUGUUUGUGCUCUGUGCCGUCUUCUGGAACAUCUUCGCCUACAGCUUGCUUGACGUGCGACUGCCCCCACCACCUUGACUUGCUUAUUAGAGGCGGACUAGACUCUGUAUCCCCUUUAUCCCUCCAUCGGCAGAUCCCUGACCGCCUGGCUGGAUGAAUCAGCCCUCAUAUACUGAGCCUCAUUGUGUGGUGAUCGGAGUCAUCUGACAGCCACCCUCAUCCUACAUCCAGCGCUCUGAUGCAGGGAUGCACCUGACAUGCAGCAGCCCUUGCUGUCGGUCUCAUCAUACCUUUUUCAGCCCACCUGCUCCCUUUUUGGGUUUAGCAUUACCAUUGUUUCCGCUUACCAUACAAGCUAACCUACAUCCGCUCUUUGUCUACAUCUCUGUUGGACGUUUGUGUCAAAAGUAUCAGUCGGUGGGACUUUUGUUGACAACACAAUGACAUAUGAGAAGUCUCAGAUCUAAAACAACAGGAACAAGCAGGAACACUCCUGUCCACAUGGCUUAACCUUCUCUGCCUCUUCCUACACAAUCCAAUGGUGCCUUCUCAUGGAGAUGUCAGCCUGAUGAAAGUAUUUCUGCACAGUUGCCUCUUGUGUGGGGUGACAGUAGUAAAGCCCUGCAGUAUAAACCAUUUUCAGACACAAGAGUUCCUCAUAAUCCUGUAAUCUGCCUGCACUCUCAUCAUCAGUAAAUUAAGAAUAAGGUCAUAUAAGAAUAACCUCUUUGUUUAGUUGGUGUUAUGUCAUCAUUACAAGCAGCUCAUAAACAUGAAAGGUUUAGAUUAAACAGACAGCAGGAUAGCUAAACCUCUCCAAGUUUGUAGUGAGAGCAUGGAGUAUAUAGGCUACAGCAACCUUCAAAAGUUAUAAUGAAUUUACCUUUGAAGGAGUGUGGGUUAGUUGCCUUCAGACUUUUGUGUGUGCAGGUUGUGUGACAAAUGUACCAUUGCGCAUACAGAUAAAAAAACGAAAGAAGCAGAAGUGCCAUUCAGGCUUUUAAGCUUUCAAAAAUGAUGCCAAAACAUUGCUACAAGCAUUUGUGCAAGCAAAAAUACAUCUAAUUUUGUCUGUAAGGAGUCAGUCAUACGUAUUUACUGUAACAGAAAAUAAUCUUGAGAAAAAAAAAAUCUCACACCCUUCAAAUUCUUGUCAUUUGCAGUGAUGCAGUGUUUUUUUGCGACUGGUUGAAAAUAGCAAAGACGUGGAAGAAGUUUAUUUAUUGAUUGGUGAGGUGGUGAAUUAAGGCAAAGUGUAAUUAGACUAAUGAAAACACUCACCUGUGCCAUUCUAAAUAAAUCUAGUCUUUCUUCUCAUUACCAAACAUAGAAGAGCAAACAUGCCUGACCUCGACUACAUCUGGGCUGAGGUCGUUUCACUCUCAUAUCAGGAGGCAUUGGGUGAAAGAAGAAAAUCAAUGCUCCCUCAUUAGUUCCUGUCACAACGUAAAUUGUCAAUUGAUUGGACCGGGAUAGAAAACAACCCCAGCCCUAAGCUGCAAGUCCCAAACUGUACUUUAACCUCAUGUUAUGCUGGUAACUGCUUUGCACAAACAUUAUUAUUAUGUAAUUAUAUACAGAUUAAUAUUUUAACAUGCAUUUGCUGUUGCUAAUUUUUUUGUUUUUAACUUUGUGAUAUUGGUAUGUUGUGUACGUUUUUUGGACUGCUUGAAUUGUGAUAUGUUAGCUAUAUCCUGUAUGUAUCCUAUUUAUUGAUUGGUUAAAUAUGGUCUGGGGUUGUAUGUAAUAAGGGCUAUGACACAAAAGUGAGUGAGGGAUAAAUCGCUGAUAAUAUUUUAACAUUGUGCAUAUUUUGUAGAUUUGAUAUGUACAUACUGUAGUACAUUAAACAGUUUUAUACAGAAAAAGA